AUGAUAAUACCAUUAUUAGUCAGAAUUAUUUGCAACGACGUGUCUUUCGUACAAUCGGUUAUUCCGCCUGCGAAGGAUUCGUUCCGCACGCAGGACAAUGACGCGUGCAGGGAGGAAGCGAUGGUGGAGAGAUCGAAUUUGGACGAGCGAGCUUCUGAUGAAAGAUUCGACGAAGAUACAGAUUUGAUGGCUAGGUUUGACGACUCUGAACGAAAGGAGAUUAAAUCCUUAGCACAGAAAUUGGCGAACGAGGCUCUCAGAGCGCCGCAAUUACAACGUAAUAUAAAGAAAUUAGCAAAUCUAAGCGGAGCUCCACGUAAUCAUUCAAAGGGGAGAAAAGACUUAUCGGUAGAUCAAAUGAAAAGUGUACUUAAACCUACAGUAAGUAAGAAAAAGCUGAGCAAAUUGGUGAAUCCUGAAGGAAAGAGAAAGAAAGAUAAACGUAAACAUGGAUUGACAAGGCGCGAAAGACAUCCUCGGCCACGUAAGCGAAAUCAUAUUAAGAAGAAACGACGGAAGAUUAAACUACCUAUUAAUUUUGGAGUAAAGCAAAAUGCUACAAAUGACGACAGCUCAAUGACUAGAAGUAAAGUUGCUGAACGGAACUUUAUAAGUGAAAAAGACGAUCGCUCGAGAGAUAGUACCGUAAGGUCUUCGCACAUAAGACGAAGAUACCGAAAAAUGAACGGAAUGCCGUCAAACGAGGUGACCAAACGCUUAACGAAGAAUUCUAAAAAGAAUUCGGGCAAUCAAGGAGACGAAUAUUCCGAGUAUUACAAGAAUGGCGGUGUCGAAUCAACUAAAACGCAAGCAAAAGGAGGUGAAACGGAGAUCGGAAACGACAGACUCGUCAGGCAAAUCUCGAACGGCUCUGUUCUUGGCGGCAAUUCGUUCGAAAAUCACUCGCGGCCUCGAUUCAAGCAGCAAUUCGCAGACUCCUACGACAGGGAUUUAACUUACGACUACGACUCGUUGAAACCCUGGGAGACCGGUCGUUCUGUGAUCGCUCAAGCAAAUGAAGAUGACGAGUAUCCGCCGAUAUUAACCGAUCAGAAAAUCAAUCCAGGAAGUCUGUACUAUAUUCCCGGGGUAUCUCAAGAGGCGUUCAAUCAGUUUCAAGUGUCGAGCAUUGAUCGGCCUAAGGAAAACAUAUACGCCAGCGGGAUGGAAUCUCCCGCUGAGAAUUUUAUCAGCCCUGAUCUUGAUCUGGCGGAGAUUCUUACGACCAGCGCGAACACCGUGUUCAAUCCGCGAAUCGAGGUCGAACAGAUUCCCAGCGACGUGCUGCGAUAUCAGAAUAAGCCGAGCGUUCCUCGUCUGUAUUCAAAUUUAAGUAUUGCGCCAGAGAUACGCAAACCCCAGGAGGUGCAAGUGCUUUAUUCCGGCGCUUCGAUGGAUGUGCCGCACAUCCUUCGUAAAAUUCCAAACACUUCGAACGUAUACGUCGCCGAGACGGAUGCCGGGCCCGGGACAGCGUCUUUAUCCAAUAAUUAUGUCUAUCCUGUCAUUCCCGCGAGACAAACCAUGCGCAAGGCCGCCGAUCGCGCCCCGAUUUUUUCUCAAUCAGCUGUCAAUCGGCCAAUAGAACAUGUCUUAAUUCCCGAUCGAGGGGCCACUUGGUACAAACAGAAUUGGUACAAUGACGAGCAGAAGCAAGCCGUGGCGCAGGAAGAUCAUAAGGCAAACCAGAAAGCCGCCCGAAUUAUCCAACAACUCCAAGACAAUGGUAGCGCAGACGACAAAUCAACGGGUGACAAUUUUACGCCCGCGAGCGCGGUGAAAGCGACAGAGGAGAUUCAACGUGCGAAUGUCUCCGCGACAUUAAAUGAAACGAAGGAAGUCGCCAAUCAGAUAUUAGAGAAGAUUGUCGACGAAUUGGAGGAGAUUAAGUCAAACCGAGCCACUGAAAAUGAACAGAUAGAAGGUUUGCCUUGCAAGAUAUCAGGCUCGUGGGUGACCACCCAGGGUGGAGUGCGAAUCGACAUGAAAGUAAAUAAUCGCACCAUAAACGUGACCCUCGCGAAAUUGUCGCCUCCGCCCGCUCAUCAAGGCUUGCUGGACUCCGCCUGGAACCUGACCGGAUACGCGCCGUUCGCAGUGGGUGGACCGUUUUCUUUGCUCGCCGUCGACAAUCGCACCAAGUCUCUGGCGGUAUUCGCAGGUACGAAUACACGCGGCCGGGAGUAAAUUAAUUCUUCCCGAGGCGUGUCACAAUGCGGGGAGCCAGUCAACAAUUUCAAAAAAAGAUCUACGACGAUACAGGUGCGUGCAGAGUGUGCCAGGGUAUCGACACGAUAGUGGGGGUUUGGUCGAUCGCCCGGCGCCCGCAGGACUGCAGAGAGUUUCAGAUAGCUACAAAUAUCUACAACGAUAUAUUUCGCCGGACUAAACUGUCGUCAGAAAUGCAAAGGAGACACCGUGAGAUCGUGCGGCUGCU